AUGGCCUCUAAGGUCCCCGACGAGCCGCCUCCCACCUCCGAGACCGACCCGGAGACAAUAGCCUUGCGAAUCAAGAGGAAACGCUCCCGGCGCGUGAGCUUCGCCGACACCGAGAUCACCUCCGUCCACAUAUUCCGCCGCGACGACGAGGACUCCGACCACACUCCCGACUCCGAGCCCCAAUCCAGCUCUCUAAACGGCUCCGCCGAGCCGGAGAAAGGCGCUGUAGGGUUUUUCAAGGAUGUCGGCGGCGAAAGCGACGAUUUCAAGGACUCCGAUGACGAGGAGGACGACGACGACGGGAGGAAGUCGUUUUUGCGACCGCUCGGUUCGCCUUCUCCGAUGAGUAGCGUUCCUGGCUCUGCUACCUCCAACAACGAAGACGAUUUCUUUGGUCCUGUAUCGUCGGAUUUCAUUAGACCAGGACUAUCUGAUUCCGCAGCCUCAGAUGACUUUCAUGAAACUACAAUGGACACUACUGCGUUUUCAUUGCAUUAUCGUAGUAUUGCAAGGUCAGACUCUGGAGGAUAUCUGAAGACCCCGACGUCUUUUCGCAUUCCCUUUGCAGAGAAGACACCAACCCAUAAUCCCAGUGAUUCAGGAAGUCUUAUGUCCCUAGCAAAACCAAAGAAUCUUACUCCCCAGUCCUUGGUUCCUGUCGAUAAGGUCAGAGGCGGUGAAGACUCGAAUGACAUGAGUAUUGUGGAAGAAAACCCACGUAAGUACGAUUAUGGAAGACUAUCUCCCACAUUAAAUGCCAUUUUGGCAGAAGGUAGCAAGGAUCUGCAUACUGGCUCUGUUCCAGUCUCUCUCAGUAUAACACCGUCUAAGGGAGAAAAGGUUGCUCUAUUGGAAAAUAAUGGAAUUGGCCGCAUAGAUCUAAGAAAUCGUAGGAGUACUGAAAUGAACAAUUUUAGCAAUCAUGAUAUGACUGCUGACCCAGAAUCUACUUCUUGUAUCAAAUUGAGUGAAGCAAAUGGUUUGAUUGCUUUUGACGUCUCGUCUAACAGAAGUUAUCAUCCAUCUGCCGGUGUCUCCGUUGAUGACCAAAUCCAGACUCCAAAUCAGUUAAUCAAGGUCAGUAACAAACUCACUGAAGAUAAAUUUCAAAAGGGUAUCAAAAGUUCAGAGUUACUUGCUGUGAAUGGCGACCUCCUAGCAAAUGUCAAUAGUAAAUCAACUAAAUCUCUUCAGUUUGAUGCGUAUCCGCUACAUGAUCCUGCUUCUCAACAUUUAAACCUGGGAUUGGGAAAAGAAAAUUCUCCCAAAGACAGAAGACAUAAUUCUAAUAUUGAUCCUCAUUCUGUUAAGGAGGGGUCCAUACCCAUGUUAUCUGCUAGAGGACAGCAGUCAAUUAUGAAUACUCCUAAUAUAACAAGGCAUUCAGAGACAGUGACUCCUUCCUCAAAACAUGAAGUGUGGUAUCCAUCAAUUCAGAAAAGCAUUUCCAGGUUAAGAAAUCCAGAGCCUUCUCCUCGUGCUUCUAGUCUCAAAGAUGGGAUUGAGAAAUUAAUAUGUAGAUUGUCGAGUUACUCAUCCCCAAAUGCUCCUUUAAGUACUGUUAUGGCUGACAUUAGUAAAGAUCUACAACGUGACUUUAACAAAUCUCCUACUGCUUUUUUGGAGAAGCAAGUAGGUGAUCUGGAGAAGAGAGGACAGAAGAGUUUGGUUAACACAGGCUCAAAUGACAUUGAGAACCCAGUUAACAUUCAAAAGUUGGGGAAGGAUGAAAAUUCCACAGUCACGGACAGUCUUUUGAAGGAUAAAUGUGACAGACCGGUAGAAGAAGUUGCUCCACCCUCUCAGCUGUCGGUAUCUGGAAGUAAAAGGACCCAGCAUCUCUUGAUGUCAGAUAAUGCCACAAAAGGAACAAUGGUUUCUUCUGGAACUGAUUUUCUUUUGGCAGAUAAGCAAGAAGUGAAUCUUCCCCAUGUGCAACUUCAGUCAGAAAAUAACCUCCAAACUCCUCUAAGUGGUGCAGGCAUUCUGAACAUUCAAUUGCGAAGUCCACAUAAAAGAUUUCAACCUGGACUAGAACCCCAGUCUAAACCAUUUGUCGGCAGAAGUAUGACUGAAUCAUCCCUUCAGAGCCCUCCUUCUAAAGACUCAGCUCCGAACAAUUUUAUGGAAGGGCCAUCUCAGAGUCCAUCCAGGAAAAAGCAAACUCCAAGUCCUCCCUUGGGAAAUACCCCUUGGAGCCCCCUCAAGAAAGAGCCAAGUCAGAGUCCCUACAGGAAAGAAACAGCUAGGAGUUCUUCCAAGAAAAAGCUUAGUGAGAGUCCUUCUGGGAAAGAGCAAAUUGGUACUCCCAUUGUGGAAGAGCCGAAUUAUAGUCUCUUUCUGAAGGAUCUAACACUAAGCCCCUUCAGGCCAUCUUAUACAGAACACAUUGAUAAUAUGCAACCACUUGGGAAAGACAUUGAAUCUCCCGAGUUAAUUUCAAUUAAUCAUCCUAAUGAUUGUUAUCAGGGACUACAUAUUUCACAGAGUCCUCUUAUCAAACAAGAUGCAGAAAGUUCAUUUGGACGUAAAAGAAGAAACCCAAGGUUAAGUCUCGAGGAUGGAGACUGUACAGAUAUGGUCCCUGGCAGCCAGAGAAGUUCUAAAGUUCAUAGAAGUGAGAACUAUGAUACCCAGUUAAUAUUGGGUCAUUCAACUAAACUUCAAAGUGACAGAGAAAAGCAUGGUGGUGAAUCGAGUGAUACAAAAUGGGAGAGCUGGACUGAUAUUCUAGUCAAAUUCUCGGGAGAUUCAGAACAAUUGCUUUCUCCAUUGACAAGCAACCUAAAUUUAAAAGCGAUUGGGGUUCUGGAAGAUAUCUUGAUACAUCUAGUGAAGCCUAAAAAGUAUGAGACGCUUUGUGCUCAAAUCCAAUCUCAGAAUGUCAACUGCAUCAGUCGUGGGCAUAAAAGGGUAGCUGAAGCAAGGUUGCUGCUUUACAGAUUAGCGUAUGAAAAGGCAAGGUUGCAGUUAAUGCAGUUGAAGCGCCACAAAUUACAGGUAUUUUUUGUUCUGUGA